AUGGCCGCCCGUAUAAGCACAAGUAAGGCAGAUGACUAUCAAGUUGAAUCACUCGAUAUUUAUGAGAAGGCUGGGCCUUUGCCCAUGAACGACGACCCAGAUGCUGGACUCAGCGACGAGGAGAGGCAAAAGAGGGACCGUCAGUUAUUGCGCAAGCUCGACCUCAAUCUCAUACCCUGGCUCUGCCUCUUGUAUCUGAUUUCAUUCUUGGAUCGCACGAACAUUGGCAACGCAAAAAUUGCCGGUCUCCAAAAGGAUCUCAAGAUGACCAACGGGCAAUGGAAUGCGUCGCUUGCGAUCUUCUUCGUCUCUUAUUCAGUUUUUGAACCGGCAAGUAAUGUAUUGCUCAAGAGGUUUCGACCAAGUCGAUAUAUCCCUACCAUCAUGGUCCUGUGGGGCAUAGCUUGCGUCUGUUGUGGAUUAGUCCAUGAUUUUGCAGGUCUGGCGACCGCCCGCUGGUUUCUGGGUCUAUUUGAAGCAGGUCUCUUUCCAGGUUGCAACUUCUACCUAUCAUGCUGGUACAAGCGCUCCGAAUUUGGCAUUCGCUCUGCGAUCUUUUUCAGUGCUGCCGCCAUCGCAGGCUCAUUCGGGGGUCUCCUCGCCGCAGGUAUCAGCCAGAUGGGAGGCGUCGGUGGCAAACCAGGCUGGGCAUGGAUCUUUAUCUUAGAAGGUCUCAUUACCAUUGUGGUUGGAGUGAUAUCCGUCUGGAUGGUGCACGACUUUCCCGAUGAAGCCACAUUCCUCUCUACGGAAGAUCGUCUGCGAGUCUACAAUCGUCUCAAGGCUGAUCAGCAAGCGAGCGCAGAGCAUGAAUCAUUCAGCUGGAAGUAUGUCAUGGCAAGUCUAAAAGACUGGAAGACAUACACCGGCUGUCUCAUCUACAUGGGAGCCGGAGGUGGACUUUACGGGUUUAGUAUUUUCCUACCGACCAUCCUCGCCGAAUUGGGCUACAGAGCCACAACCGCGCAAUUAAUGUCCGUCCCACCAUAUAUUGCCGCCGCCCUAUUAACAAUUCUAACUGGCUUCAUCGCCGACAAAACACGCCAACGGGGACUAUGCGCAAUCGCCAUCUCCUCACUGGGUGUAAUUGGCUUUGGAAUUCUCCUCAGCGACCUUCCAGCCGGCGCAAAGUAUGCUGGCACGUUCCUGGCUGCCAUGGGCAUCUACCCGUGUAUACCGAACACAGUCACCUGGCUCGCAAACAACACCGAGGGCGUGUACAAGCGCGGCAUCUCGCUAGGCGUGGCAAUGGGCUGGGCGAACCUGCAGGGCGUGGUUAUCAGUAACGUGUACAGGGGUAAAGACGCGCCUCGCUUCGUGAUGGGUCAUGCGGUUGUCGUGGGGUAUCUCGGCGUUGCGCUGUUCGGGGGCUCGGUCUUGCAGUAUUUCUUGCUGAGGAGGGAGAAUGCGUUCAAGAGAGCCGGAGCGAGGGAUUAUCGUGUUGAGGGAAAAUCCGAGGCGGAGGUAAGGCUGUUGGGGGAUUUGAGGCCUGAUUUCCUCUACACCCUGUAA